GAAAUGGGUUUCUAGCAGUCCAAAUCUGUCACCUAUUGAAACUUUGUGGCACGAGAUGAAAAAGGUUCUACGACAACAUCCUGCUCGUACAAUCACCGAACUGAGACAAAAGCUUCAAGAAAUAUGGGAUUCUUUUACACCAAAUUUUUGCCAAAACUUGGUUUAACACUAUGCCCUAAAAAUAAUUUCAGCCGUAGUCUAAGUGAUUUCAAAUAUGUAUUUUUUAC